AUGUCGGAGCACAGCGACGUGGACGCGACGGAGGAGAUCAACGUGGACGACUCCGACUCGCAGAGUUGCAGUCCGCGGAAUUACACGAGCCACGAUGGCGGUGACCGCCACCACGUGUCUCAGGAGACCUCCGAGUGCUCCACUUCGCCACCUCCCAGCCAAACCACGAGGACGAACGAUUCUUCCCCGCGCAGCCAUCCGUUCAGCAUAAGCCGUUUGCUGGGCGAGAGCGGCGUUCAGAGUCUGAAAAGCCCAUCGCCUUCGGAAGAGCCGGACAGCGACAGAGAGAGAAAGUGGCCGUGGGAGGAAGGCAACAACAACCGGACGAGCGGUGUCGCGGACGACGGCAGGCGGUCCUGGGGAGACGUCGAGGAGAAGCUGUCGGAGAGGGACGACGACGACACCGGCGGCAGUACACCCGACACGCAGCGUGCCAACUCCUCCUCUUCGUCGUCCGUUCACUGUGCCUCGGCGACGGCGGCGGCGGCGGCAGCGGCAGCGGCGGAUCUUCUCGCCCCCUUCAGACUCUUCCCUACCGGUACCACCGCUGGUCUCAUCUACACCGGCGGUGGCGUCAUACGGGUACCGGCUCACAGACCACCACCGAAUGGCGCGCCCACCGGCAGUGCCUUGACACAGGCUGCGCUCAUGUCCGCACCCUGGAGCCUGCAAGCUCUUCAACACAGCCAGCAGCAGCAGCAGGCGGCGGCGGCCGGCCUUCACAGGGCGAGUCUCCUGGCGAACCUCGCCGCUCAUCCUCUCCAAGCGCAUCCGCAUCUCAAGGACAGACUAGCAGUGGCUGGAGCAUUUCCGAGGAGAAUCGGUCAUCCUUAUCAGAACCGGACGCCACCGAAGAGGAAGAAACCGAGAACAAGCUUCACGAGGCUGCAAAUCGCGGAGUUGGAAAAGCGCUUCCACAAACAGAAAUACCUGGCCUCCGCCGAACGAGCGGCGUUGGCGAAGUCGCUGAAGAUGACGGACGCUCAGGUGAAGACUUGGUUUCAAAAUAGGCGGACGAAAUGGAGGCGGCAGACAGCAGAGGAAAGGGAGGCCGAGAGGCAAGCCGCGAAUCGGCUAAUGUUGUCUCUGCAGGCCGAAGCUCUCGGCAAGGUGUCGUAUCCGACGACGGGUAUAUCUGGACAUCCGGGAAGCGCGCCGGUGUCCAGUUUAGACACAAGGCAACAGACGUCGACAGGCCUGACGGCGGUGGGCCAGUGGGCUUCCCCUUAUGGACCGCCGCAGCCGCUCGCCGAACCGAUCUGCUGA